AUGGAUGAGCCGAUCAUAGCAGCAACUGCUGAGGCAGGCCCGCCGCCUGCGCAGCAGCCGCAGGGCAAGCAGAGCAAGCUGCAGGGCGUGGGCGGCGCAGGCACCCCGCCUCCUCCGCCGCCGCGAUUGCAGCAGCAGCAGCAGCACGUGGCGGGUGGCAGGCUGAAUGUGCAGCAGGUGGGACAGCACCAGCAAGAGGGUCAGCAGCAGCAUGGGCGCCGUGGCAACGGCGGCCAGCAUAAGGGCGGUCAGAGCCCGGGUGGCAUCAACAAGACAUCCAACGGUCAGCCGCUUGUUCAGACACAGCAGCCGCAGGCGAACGUGCAGUCGCAGCAGCUGCAGCAGCAGCAACAGCAGCAGCAGCAGCAGCAGCAAUACGCCCAGGGCGCCUACGGCUACGGCUACUACAACGGCGCGCCGCAGGCCGCGUACGGCUACCCGAUGCAGAUGUACAGCUCUGCAGCUGCCUACUCGGGCACCUACGGCUACGCCCCUCAGGCAGGGGCACCCUACAUGCAGGUGGCAGCGGCGACCUACCCCCCUUCGCAGGCGGCCGCCAGCCCGGCGGGGCUGCCCGCUGGCGCUGGCAUCGGCGGCCAGGCCGCUAGCGCCACGGGCCCGGGCACGCCUGGCGCCCCAGGCAGUCGCGGCCGCGACGCCUCUAAAGCGCCGUCGCCGGCGGCGGUGCCCGUGACGCCGCCGCCGCCGCUGUCUGCGCCCAAGAGCAAGCGCAUUGCCAUCCUGGACCCCACCACCAAGGAGGAGGUCAAGGUGGAAGGCACGGCCACGCCAAACAGCGGGGCGGGCGCACCGCGGCAGGCGGCGGCUUCUCCACAGCCUGCUGAGAAGCCCGCGGAGCCGGCCACGCCUGUGACGGCUGCACGCGCCACGCCACCCAGGCCCCUGGCUAUCGUGCCUCCAACAACCAUCAAGGCAGCGGCAGCGGCCCACGGCGGAAGCAAGCCGGUCCUGGCAAAAGAGCCAGUUCCACAGGCCGCGCAGCCCGAGGUGGUGGCGACGCCAGCCAAGCAGGCGGCUGUGCAGCCGGCGGCUGCCCAGCCGGUGGCUGCCCUUGCACCUAGCGCAGCGGCAGUCGGGGCCGCAUCAGUGGCAGAGGCAGCGCCUGCACCAGCCCAGGCUGCUGAGGAAUCAGCAGCGGCAGCGGAGCUGGCAGCAUCGGGGGCCCCGCCACCAGCAGCGCCUAGCCCGGCCCCCGCAGCCCCCGAGGGGCCUUUGUCGCCCGAAGCAGCGGACGGCGCUGCGCGUGCAGCGUCUGGCGGCGGCGAGGUCCUGGAGGAGCCACUGCCCAAGGUGCGCAGCCUGGUGCGGUCCUUUGCGGACGCCAUCGCCAAGAAUGCGGGGCCUUCGUCACCCCGCGCCCUUGGCAGGAGCGGGGGGUCCUCCUCGCCCAGAGGUGCUGCCGCCGGGCGGCCGGGUGCCCCCGUGACAGCCGCAGCGCUCAUGCCAAUGCCCAGCAGUGGCAGCAGCGGGCGUGUGGCAUCGCCGCCGGCCUCAGCACCGGCCGCUGAGCUCGCGCCUCCUGCAGUUGAGGACGCUGCUCCUGUGCCCACGGCGAGCAGCGAAGCGGGCACAGCGGGCCCGGCGCAGGCAGGCGAGGCUGCGGCGGGCGGCGAUUGGGAGGACGACGCAGAUGCGGGCCCGGCGCCUGCCGGCGAGGCGCCGCAGCCAGGGACGUCCCCCUUUGCUGCAUCGCCGAGCGGCGGCGGGCGCGUCACCUACUCGCGCGACUUCCUGAUCAAGCUCAGGGAGCAGCCUGCGGCCAAGAACAAGCCGGAGCUGCUCUCUGAGAUCGAGGAAAUCACCAACGACCCCAGCGCGCCAGGGUACGUCCCGGCAGCCGUGGGCUUUGACCGUGCUCUCAGCCGCGGCGGCAGCCGGGGCGGCCGCAGUGGGGCCCUAGAUCGCGUGGACAGCGACUGGGGUGCUCGUGGCGGUAGGGGCGCUGGCGGGCCUCCCGGCCCUGGUGGCUUCCGCGACGUGCCGCGCGGCGGGGCGGCCGGCAUGAUGCGUGCGGACAGCGGCCGUCGCGCCCCGCCCCCGCCCCCGCCCGGAACGGUCGACUCAGACCGCUGGGCGCGUGGCGGGCCGCUGCCGCCCGCGCGUGGCGUGAUGCCGUCGCGCCGCGACCUGCCCGCCCUGCACAAGACUGAGAGUGCGUUCAAGGUGGGCCUGGUGCUGAGUGACGACCCGGAGGAGGAGGCCAAGCAGAAGGCGUUCAAGGGCAUCCUCAACAAGAUCACGCCCGACAACUUUGAGCGCCUGGCGCAGCAGCUGCUGGACGUUGGCAUCACGCAGGCCAAGACCCUGGUCGGGCUCAUCGGCCAGAUCUUUGACAAGGCACUGUUUGAGCCGCACUUUUGUGAGCUGUACAGCCAGCUGUGCCACAACCUGCAGAGGCGGCUGCCUGAGUUUGACGACCCGUCAGAGGAGGCGGGAGGCAGCGAGGGCGGCGAGACCAAGCGCCGCAAGCUCAAUUUCCGCCGGCUGCUGCUCAACAAGUGCCAGGAGGAGUUUGAGAAGGGUGACGCAGCGAUGCUCGCGGUGGCGCAGAGGGAGGCCAAGGCCAAGGAGCGCGGAGGCGACAAGGACGAGGGUGAGGGCGAGGGCGGUGACGACGACGAUCAGGCGGGUGAGGAGCAGCAGCAGCAGCAGCAGCAGCAGCAGCAGCAAUCGGACGGCGGCGCCAAGGAGGGCGGCGAGAACGGCGAGGGGGACGCGGAGGAGGGCGAGACGUCGCCCCCCAAGCCCGCCAAGCCGCUCGAUCCCAAGGCGGCUGCACUGGCGCUGCGGCGCGCGGAGAGGGCGGCGGCGGAGGAGGAGCUCAAGGCCCGGCGGCGCAUGCUGGGCAACAUCCAAUUCAUUGGCCACCUGUACCGCUACGGCAUGCUCACGGAGAACAUCAUGCACAGCUGCAUCCAGCGCCUGCUGCUGGACGACCAGAACCCCAAGCUGGAGGAUCUCGAGUGCCUCUGCAAGCUGCUGUCAACCAUCGGCCAGCAGCUGGAGCGCGGUGGCGUGGUCAAGGGCUCUGCCGGCAUGACGCAGGUGCAGGUCCUCCAGCGGCAGAAGGAGGAGGCGGCCAAGGGGCGGCGGGUGAUGGACGCCUACUUCCAGCGCAUCACGCGGCUGGUGGAGAACAAGGCCCUGGACAGCCGCCUGCGCUUCAUGCUCAUGGACAUACAGGAGCAGCGCUCACGCGGCUGGGCCACACGCCGCAAGGCAGAGGGGCCCAUGAAGAUCGAGGAGCUGCACCGCGCAGCAAAGCGCGAGGCGGACAAUGUGGCGGCGCGCAACGACCGCGGCGGCGGUCGCGGCCCUCCCCUCGGCCGCGGUGGUUCUGGCAACUUUGGCGGCGGCGACCAGCCCCCGCCGCGGCGGCCUAGCGUGGAUCACCUGCGGCGAGACGAGCUGCCGACAGCCCCCAUGAAGGCGCAGUUGGGGGCGCGCACCGCCUCGUCCGAGCUCAGCCUGAGGCCGCAGGGCUUUGGCGGCCUCAAGGGCGCCAGCCCCAUGCGCGGCGCCGGCGACCGCAAGGCAGUGCCCCCGGCUGGCGGCGGGCCGCGUGUGGCUGAGCAGCCGCCGUUGCCCACACGCCCCAACCAACAGCAGCAGCAGCAGGAUCAGCAGCAGCAGCAGCAGCGGGAUGCUGACCGGCGUCCCCAAGCCCCGCGGUCAAGCGAGGAGGGCGGCGCGUCUGCUGGCAGCAGCGUGAGGCCCAGCGAAGCAGGUGGCGCGGCGCUGCCGGAGGCCGAGGUCCAGAGCGCCGUGGAGUCGAUUGUGAAGCUGCUCUUUGGGCAGACGGACGACACGGGGUUGACGCCAGAGGAGCUGCUCCGGUCGGUGGUGGGCGGUGCUGAGGACGUGGGCGCGGCGCUGCAGGAGGUGCUGCGGCAGUCGCUGGACGUCCGCGGUGUGGCCCUGGAGGAGCGCCUGGAGAAGCCCAAGGAGUUCCUCCAGCAGCAGCUUGAGAGCGGCGGCCUGAGUGACGUGCACCUGGCUGCGCUGUUCCUGGGCCCCACCGGCUUUGUGGCGCGGCUGGCUGACCUGGCGGAGGACGUCCCCAAGGCGCCCGCGCUCACGGGCCGCAUGCUCGGGGACUUUGCGGCGGGCGGCCGCCUGCAGCUGCGCGCGGUGGCGGACGCCAUGCUGCAGGACAAGGCGCGCGGCAGCAGCGGCGGCGGCGGCGACGACGAGGAUGAGGGCGGCGAGGAUGAGGGGGAGGACCCUCCCUUGGUUGACGCAGAGAAGGCGCUGCCGCUGGUGGCGGAGCUGCUCAACAGGUGGCGCGAGGUCGCGGGUGAUGACGGUGCCGCCGCCAAGGCGGCCUGGACGGCGAGUGGUCUCUCGUGGGGCCAGCUGCUGCCCAGCUUUGCUCGCAGCGAGGCUGAUGUGGCAAAGGCCUUGGACAAGGCCGGAGCUGCGUGGCUGGCCUGA